AAAAACGAGUUCUUUACUAACAGUUGUCACUCACAAGAAGAAAAAAGUUUCCCAAACCUUCCACCAAAUAAAGCUUUGAGAAGUGUUUUUAACGAAAUUGAUGAGAAGCACAAGUUUUAAUACUACUACUAGUAACAAGGUUGUUCCUUUUUCAAUCAAUCAACGAGACAGAUUACAGGUUCCACUUGGUACAGUUUUAUAUACGUUUGUGGCCGCGCACAGCCCUGCUUCAUGGAUCCCAAGGUCUCAAAACAGGGGAUGUUUAUGCCUGAAUUCUUGAGCCACCUGAAUCCAAACACCACCUCCAACAUGGCUGAGACCAACAACAGCAACUCCCCAUCAGCAGAAAUCAAGGAUCUCCAAAUCGUAAUUUCCGAAAAACAAGAAUCCGACUCCACCAAGAAGCAGCUGGCCCCCAAAAGAACCUCAAACAAAGACAGGCAUACAAAAGUGGAAGGCAGGGGAAGAAGAAUAAGGAUGCCCGCCCUCUGCGCCGCCAGAAUCUUCCAGUUGACCAGAGAAUUGGGUCACAAAUCCGACGGAGAGACCAUCCAGUGGCUUCUACAGCAGGCCGAGCCGUCGAUUGUCGCCGCCACCGGAUCCGGGACAAUCCCGGCCUCGGCUUUAGCGGCGGCCGGCGGCUCUGUUUCCCACCACGGGACCUCAAUUUCGGCUGGCUUGCAUCAAAGAAUCGAGGAAUUAGGUGGGCAGGGUAAUAGCAGACCCAAUUGGUCGAUAGUUGGACCUCAUUUGGCCACAGCAGGGGUAUGGCCCCCAGCUGCUGUUAGUGGUUUUGGGUUUCAGCCAUCGUCUGGUCCAUCAACGGGGACUUUAGGAAGUGAGGGACUGAAUUAUCUGCAGAAAAUUGGGGUUUCUGGGUUUGAAUUGCCAGUUAGUAAUAUGGGUUCUAUGAGUUUCACAUCGAUUUUGGGUGGUAGUGGAAGUGGGCAGCAGCAGGUGCCUGGGUUGGAGCUUGGGCUAUCACAAGAGGGGCAUAUUGGGGUUUUGAACCCCCAUGCUUUAAGCCAGAUUUACCAGCAGAUGGGGCAGGCUAGAAUGCAACGUCAACAGCAAAAUCAGCAUCAUCAGGAACCAUCUUCUAAGGAUGAUUCUCAAGGGUCAGGACAGUAAAUUUGGGGUCAUGAUAGUUUAUUCAGUUUGGGAGGAAAACAUGAGAAGAAACUACUUAGCAGCUUUUGAGAUCAGAUGGGGACUUGUAUUUGGUGUGUAUGGUUUGAUAGCUGGGGAUUUCAAAGGGACUGGCUUUGCAUUGCCCCAUCUUUAUUUGUAUUCAUAGCUUCAUCCAUGUCUCCAACUACAGGUGGAUCUGUGCAGGGCCAAAUAGCUUGGAUUUGGGCUUAAACUUCUUGUUUGUUUUUUGAAGGUGUGUUUUUUCUUUGCUAAGUAAAAAAAGGCUAGGAAGGGGCAACCAGACCCUCCUUGGAGUGACUAUAUCAGUUCCUUACCCGUGAUGAAAUGUUCUACCGGGGAGGAUAGAGUAAGGUGUUUUUUUAUCAUCUUGUUCCUUAUAGGUUCAGAUGGUGUGCUGAGCAGCUUGUUUGUGGAAAACUGAAAAUGAACAUAGAGUACUAUAGUCCUAUACUCCUCUUACUGCAAUUUGAGUGCAUCCUUUUAUGUAAGUACUACUCAAAUAUACUACUGGUAACAUAUUUCAGCCA